GCUACUUCGGUCUUUUCCUGGUUAGUUCAGACUUUGGAUCACCGGUCGUAACCUGAGAAAGUCCUACCUCUCAACGCACUUCUCUCUCGAUCACACACAAAAAAACAGAGACAAAAACUCAAACACAGAUAAAUUACACAAAAGAAAUGGCAGAAGCUAAUGCAUAUGCAGCUCUCACCAAAGCUUUCUCAGGACUUGGUGUGGACGAGAAUUUAUUCAUCUCAACAUUGGGGAAUUGGAAUAGGCAUCAGAGGGAAUCCUAUAGAGUAAGUACCCCAGGAUUUUUCAAAGAAGAUGAACGCCAAUUCCAGAGAUGGGAUGAUCAACAUAUUCUUCAGCUUCGCCAAGAAUUUUUGCGUCUUAAGGAUGCAGUGGUGUUGUACACAAUGCACCCAUGGGAAAGAGAUGCUCGCUUAUUUAAGGAAGCAUUGUUAUUGAAAAUACCUCAACUUAAUGUUCUAACUGAGACUGCUUGCACUAGAUCUUCUGAAGAGCUUUUGGGUGCAAGAAGAGCCUACCAUUCCCUCUUUGAACAUUCAAUAGAGGAAGACAUUGCCUUCCAUAUCCAUACUCCUGAAAGAAAG